AUGGACUACUCGGUGAUUCUGAGCUGGCAGCGAACGCACCACGUGGCGUUCAGGAAGUACGUGCUGCAGACGUUCUUCUUCAACCCGUUCACGCUCGCCGCCGAGUGGACCACGUACUACGAGAUCGCCGCCACCGCCUCCGUCAUCGCCUCCGUGAGGGUGACGGAUCUGCUGCCGGCCUGGUAUUAUAACUUCCGUGUUUCCAUGGUGACGUGGGGCGACCCGCCGCUCAGCUGCUGCGACAGCUCCACCGUCAGCUUCGUGCAGGACGGGUCUCUGGGACCCGGAGGACUUGAUGAGGGUAGUGGGGUACGUGUUCAGGUGCAGGACGCGUCUCUGGGACCCGGAGGACUUGAUGAGGGUAGUGGGGUACGUGUUCAGGUGCAGGACGGGUCUCUGGGACCCGGAGGACUUGAUGAGGAGCCACUUCCUGUCCGCAGCCUCCACGUAGCGGACUACAGAGAGUCCCCAGAGACCGGCGUGGUGUUCCAGUUCGAGCCGCCGGCCGGGACCGUGUUCAGCCGAGUCAACAUCAGCUUCACCGAGGGCCCGGAGCGCCGCUCCAUGCUCUACAAAGAUUUCUACCAGGGGAAGACAGUGUUUAAGCACUGGUUACCCGGCAUGUGUUACCGUAACAUCACCUUCCAGCUGAUCUCCGAGGCAACGGUGUCCCAGACAACGCUGGUGACACACAGCGAUGUCACGCACACACCUGUGCACCACCGGACAGUGCCGUCCCCCCCCCUCAACAUCUCCCAUAAGAUCGUCCACCUGAGCGAGAGGGCGGCGGCGGGCCAAGGCCCCGACACGGAGGGGGGCGAGGGGCGCCGGCGAGCCGCCCGCCGGGCCCGGGACGUCCCGCUGAUGGAGGAGGACGAAGACGUCUCCGAGAACCCCGGGACUCGGGUUCCCUUACGCCCCGCGCACAACCGGACCGCCGGCGUCGCCGGAAACCACAGCACCGACUACUGGCUGGACCCGACGGAACCGGACCCGAUGGACCCGGCGGAACCGGGGGCGAUGGAUCCGGACCCAGCGGAACCGGACGCGAUGGACCCGGACCCGGCGGAACCGAACCCGACGGAGCCGAUGGACCCGACGGAGCCGGCGGGCAGCGAGGACGAGUUCGUCAACGCGGCACCGUCGGAGUACGAGGACUCCAACGAGCCCGGCUCGGCCAUGGCGCUGCCGGCGGAGGUUGCCAUGGCGCCCACCAGACCGCCCCCCGUCCUGCUGGAGCUGCGCUGGCUGCCGCCGCGGCCGCCCGCCGUGUACGACGGCUUCAACGUCUACGUCUACCGAGACGGGAACGCCACGGAAACGGCCACCGUGGACGAAAACACUCACGAGUUCUUCAGCGAGUUAACGGAACCGGGAACGUACCGCGUGCGGGUCGCCACGCUCAGCUCGGCCGGUGACUGCGAGGCCCGAGAGAGCGCCGCCGACACCGGGUUCACCUUCUACCUCAGUCCGGGUGGCGAGCUGCUGGAGGAGCUCCGCGAGCGCCCGCAGGCGGUCAGCGUGCGCCGGCUGGACUCCAGCACCGCCGCCGUCUCCUGGGCACCGUCCUCGGAGAACCACAACGGCAGCCUGGUGUCUGUGGUGUCCACCACCUGCCGCCGGCCGAGCCUCAGCCAGAGGAUGGAGAACACCUACUGCAGCGAGGAAAACUCUACGAGUGACAUCAUCAGUCACCUGACCCCCGGCGCCCAGUACCGAGUGGUCGUCUAUUACACCAACGGGCCGCUGACCAGUCCUCCGUCAGAACCCGUCAUCAUCGACAUCGGCUGCGAACACACCUCCAGGUCCAGGUCCAUCUCUAGAAGACGUCAUCAUCAGUGUCAACAACACACCUCCAGUCCUGCGUCUGGCUCGGGGGGAGCUCUGCCUUCACUGACCCACAUGUUGAACCACAGCCCUGCCCUCUGA